UAUAGUAAUUUGAGCAUUAAUAUGAUAUAUACAAGAAGGAUGAAAUAGCUUUAUAAAUACCUAACUUAAUUCUCUAAGUAUAUUUAGUCAUUAGUUCUUUGAAAAUUCCUGUACAUACAGUUUUCAGGUGAAUGCUUUUAUCAGUGAAAAUUAGCUUAUGGAACUGAAAGAUACAGUAUAAUGUGUAUCUGUUAUGAAAUACAUGUAUGUGUAUCAGUUAUGAAGUAUGUGUAUGUGUAUCAGUUAUGAUGUGUGUCAAUUAUGAAGUAUGAAGAACUACAGGCAUGGUUCAUGGAGCUUUCUGCAGAAGAAGGCUCCAUGAACCAUUCCCGAAGCAUAAGCCUGCCACUAGAUUUAUUACACCACUGUUGUCCACUGUAACCACAUUUUGCCCAGUUAAUCUCGUGAGUCUUCACUGCAUUCACUCUCUUCCUUGUCUGCAAAGGCUCUCAGCAUCAAUAGGUACUGCAUGAAGAGGAACAUCUGAUGUGGAAAAGCAACAGACACUGUAGUUCAUGGAAUGCUCCACAAGUGACAGGCUGAGAGUAAUGGGUUCAGAUACCAUAAUGAAGCAUCGCAUAGCCCGGUGGAUGGAAGAUCACCGUGGCCUUAUUGUUGUGUUGGUGGUACUUCCCCUCUCCAAUAUCUUCAGUGCUGUAAUGCAGUUACGACAUUGGAUCUUUCAUAGGUUUAUAUCUGCUCCAGAGAAUCAUGAUGAACGAGUGAUAGCUAUUCAGAAACAGGUGAUGAGAUGGAAUAAGUGGCCAAAGGUGAAAAGGAAGCUGAUGUGCACAGCUCGUCCAAAUUGGCAGUCCCUCUCCACUACUUUCUUUGCCAAGGAGUUGUGCCACAGGAUCACCAUUCCCCUAUAUGACAUCUUAGAAUUAAAGCCAUCCCACAUGACUAUCCGAGUAGAACCCAUGGUGAGCGUGGGUCAGGCCACUGCCUUCUUAGUUCCUCGGGGCUACACUCUGGCUGUGUGUCUUGAAGUUGCUGAAGCAACCUUAGGGGGCCUUGCCAUGGGCGUAGGUAUGACCACAUAUUCACACAAAGUAGGACUUUAUCAGGAGACCAUAGUGGCAUAUGAGAUGGUGCUGGCAGAUGGCAUGCUAGUGAGAGUAACCCGAGAUAAUGAAUACAGUGACCUUUAUUAUACUCUGCCGUGGUCACAUGGUACACUCGGCUUCCUGGUGGCACUUGAGCUACAGAUUAUUAAAAUAAAGCCUCAUGUUAAGCUGGAAUAUAUCCCAGUUAAAGGUCAAAAGCAGUACUGUGAUAUGAUUCGAGACUUAUCUGGCGCAUUAGACAAACACCGUGCAACCCCAGACUACUUAGAGGCUACAGUCUUCAGCAAAGAAGAAGCUGUCAUCAUGGUUGGAAAAUUUGUUGAUGUUCCUUAUAAUGAACAAUAUAAGAUCAAUCAUGUGACACGGUGGUAUAAACCAUGGUUCUACAAGCAUGUAGAAAAAUUCCUUAAAAAGGGUAGAGGUUAUGAGUACAUUCCUCUGGAAGACUACCUCCUUCGCCAUAACAGAUCAAUAUUUUGGGUUGUAGAAACAAUGAUUCCCUUUGGUAAUAACCUUCUCUUUAGGUAUUUACUUGGCUGGCUACUGCCACCCAAAAUUGCCUUUCUUAAAUUCACCACAACACCUGGUGUACGAGCCAUGACUUUUACAAAGCAGGUGUUCCAAGAUAUUGUGCUUCCCAUGACACACUUAGAAGAUCAGAUUGAUAAGUGUGCAGAACUUCUCGAUGUGUAUCCUAUACUUGUAUAUCCCUGCCGUUUAUAUGACCAUGGGCCCCACAGAGGUCAACUUCGCCCUCCCCGUAAGGACCAGAAGGUACCAGGAACAAACUAUGGGAUGUUUAAUGAUCUCGGUGUGUAUGGUGUGCCAAAACUAGUCAGAGAGAAAAAGCGCUUUGAUGCAGUUCAUGUGAUGAGAGAGCUGGAAAGAUUCACUGCAGACAUGGGAGGAUAUCCAUUUCUUUAUGCUGAUACUUUUAUGACACGGAAGGAAUUUGAGGAGAUGUUUGAUUUGACAGCAUAUGAGCAAGUGCGGCAUAAAUACAAUGCUGAACAUGCCUUCCCACAUCUCUAUGAUAAGAUCAAACCAGAGAUAGAUGUUGUGAAAGUUGGAAAACAAUACAUGGACCCAUUGUAGACUUUGUCUCUCAUAUUUUAACAUCCUUGAAUAGACGAAUAAUGUAAGUGAUUCAGAUCUCUCGUUUUUAUUUUUUUACAUGGAAACUAUAGUACUAGUUAUAUCCCAAGUAUGUAUCAAUAUUUAUACAUUACUGUAUUUGUUUUAGAAUAUAAUAAUGUGCUAUUGUGCUAAAAUACAGAUUCAAGUUUGUUCAGUACACUACAUACAUUUUUUGUAAUAAUCAUAUCAUGAACAUUUAUAACAAAUUACAGUGGACCCCCGGUUAACGAACUUUUUUCAUUCCAGUAGUAUGUUCAGGUGCCAGUACUGACCGAAUUUUUUCCCAUAAGGAAUAUUGUGAAGUAGAUUAGUCCAUUUCAGACCCCCAAACAUACACGUACAAACGCACUUACAUAAAUACACUUACAUAAUUGGUCGCAUUUGGAGGUGAUCGUUAAGCGGGGGUCCACUGUACUUUGAUGCCCCCUGAUCGUUAUUUUGCUUUCUGUUUGGUUUAACUGCUAGCACUCAAUGUUAAUUUCAUAUUUGUAAUUUUCAAAUGCUAUAUUAUCAUUACUUUUAAUAUGAAAUCAACUCAUUUUUUAGAAACUGAGUAAUUUAGGUAUAGUAAGAUAUAGUGUGGAACCUCUACUUACGAGUGCAUCCACGUGCAUGUUUUUCCAGAUACGAGUAGUCGCUCGGUCAAUUUUUUGCUUCCAGACGCGAGCGAAAUUUCCAGAUGUGAGUGGGCCUCAAGGGAGGUUCCUUGACACUGGUAAGGGGCUUUUUCUCUUGAUCUAGGGAAUUGGAUCUCAGUUGUUUGUUGGACUGUCUUAUUGAAACUUGGGAAAUGUAUGAUGGAAAGAUGCUUCUUAACGUACACCAAAAAUGAAAGAAAUCGGACUAUAAAUAACGGAGUUCACUUCUCAGCCAUUAGCCUCCCCUUAGUGAUAUAAUUUUGCAUGGUUUUUAUGGUUGUAUUCUCGUUUUUUUUAUCUCAUUUGGUAGAAUGGAAGAUAUACUACAGAAAUAGAUACGAUUUUGAUUGGUUUCACAAAGAAAAGUACCUUAAAAUUGAGCUCAAAGUAGCAGAAAUGUUCGAUUCUUAGGUGAUGUUCAAGAGUAAACAAAUGACGUCACUGCCCAAUACUUGUCUGAUUGGCACUGCCCCUCAACCUUCAUGUAUUGGAAAGCUCUUCAACACACUAGCAAAAGUCAGAGCAGACAUCAUGAGGCAGCAGUGGCAGACAUCAUGAAGCAACAGUGGGAGACAUCAUGAGGUAGCAGUGGCAGACAACAUGAAGCAGCAGUGGCAGACAACAUGAAGUAGCAGUGGCAGACAACAUGAGGUAGCAGUGGCAGACAACAUGAAGCAGCAGUGGCAAAGUGUAGCAUUAAGAGUGUAGCAAUUAAGCAUUGCAUAAGAGUGUAGCAAUUAAGCAUUGCAUAAGAGUGUAGCACUUAUGAGUCACUCUGUCUGACUUUUAUUGCUUAUCUAGGUUCUCUAGUCAGGAGCAGGAAUGGCUACUGUGGUUGCCCUCUAAACCCCAACAACAACAAUGGCUGCUGUCACCACCACUAGCCACUUACGUAAUGACAUGUAGUAUUUUAUUCAUUCUAGUGUACAUAUCAUGUUUUUAUGUUAUUAAUAUUUAUUAUGUCUUAUUAAAUGAAUUAUGAUAGAUAAAUAAGCCGUAGAGUUGUUAGUAGGGGAAUUAUUGAAGUAUUUUUUCGUGCCUGGAAUUCCACUGGAACGAAUUAAUUCCAUUUCAAUUAAUUUAAAUGAGGAAAAUUGACAACGCAGAUGAGCAAAUGCAGAUGCGAGCAAGGUCAUGGAACGAAUUAAACUCAUCAGUAGAGGUUCCACUGUAUUGUUAAUUUUUUGUUUUCUUCAAAAUUAAAUUAGAAUGCAUUAGGUGUCAAAACUCAGUUGCCUUAAUUAUAAAUAUUUUAGUAUAUCCUGUUAUGGAUUUUAUAAUUGAUUUUAAGAGACUGAAACUUGAGUAUUGUGCCAAACUAAAUGAUAAUAUUUUUUAUCAUUUUGUUUAUGAUAUCUAAGGGAGAUGCUAUUAGGUCUCUUUAUUAUCGAUUGAGACUAUGGGGCUGACUAUUUCUUCAGUGCUGAUUGAUCACAUCAUAGCCACUGCAUUUGAGGUCUACAAUAUUUAUCACCUCUGUAUUCAGUGAAGAAGUCUGCAGAGCAGGUGAAACAUUUUGACAAUAAAGAUACCCAACUACUACACGUUUUACUCGUCGAUAUUAUAUAUCAUUAUCGUAACAAGGUGUACAUCAGUCACUGCAGGAUCUGAGAAAGGUUCUCUAUCUUGCAGUAAUCUCAGGCCCCUGAACAUCAGUGCACUCAGAGAUUAAUGCAGAGUGUGGCAUAAGUUUAUAAUGCAGUAAAGUACAGUGGACCCCUGAGUUUCGUGAUUAAUCCGUUCCAGAGAGCCCGCCGAAGGUCGAAAUUCAUGAAACUCGAAACCAUUUUCCCCAUAAGAAAUAAUGGAAAUAAAAUUAAUCCGUUCCAGACACCCAAAAAUGUUGAAAUAAUUUUUUUUUUUCAAAUUAAAUAAAGAUUUACAUAAUGAAAACAAUCAGAAAUCAAGUACAUACAUUUGAAAAAAUAAUAAUAACAUUACACUUACCUUUACUGAAGACAUCUGCAUGGAUGGAAAAUGGGAGGAGGGGAUAGGAGAAAGGUGUACACUAUUUUUUGGAAGGAGAAUCUCCUUCCAUUAGGACUUAAGGUAUGAAGUCCAUAUCUGGGGUUACUUCCCUUCUUCUUUUAAUGCCACUGGGACCAGCUUGAGAGUCACUGGACCCUUGUCACACAAAAUAUCUGUCCAGAGAGGUCUGUUUCUGGCGUUUCUUUAAGAUUUGUCUGAAGUGGGACACAACACUGUCAUUGUACAUGUUGCCAGUACGGCCUGCAACAGCUUUGUUAGGGUGAAGUUCAUCCAUAAAUGUUUGCACUUCAGUCCACUUUGCACAUAUGUCCUUAAUCUUUGAAGAAGGCACCUUCCUCCAUCUCUCUUCCUCCUCCUCUGUAGCAGUUUCCUGAGCUGUGAUCUGUUGCUGUUGCAGAUGAAGCUCUUGCAGCUCUUCAGUGGUUAGCUCUUCCCUGUGGUCCUCCACUAACUCUUCCACAUCCUCACCACUUACCUCCAACCCCAGGGACAUCCCCAAUGCCACAAUAUUUUCCACAACUGGCAUAGGUUCCUUAGGGUCAGCCACAAACCCUUCAAAAUCCCUCUCUUGUACACAAUCUGGCCACAGAUUUCUCCAAGCAGAGUUCAAAGUCCUGGAAAUCACUCCCUCCCAAGACUUACCUAUAAGGUUUAUGCAAUGGAGGAUAUUAAAGUGAUCUUUCCAGAACUCUCUUAGGGUCAAUUCAGUGUCUGAGGUCACUUCAAAGCACUUUUGAAACACUGCUUUGGUGUAGAGUUUUUUUAAUUUUGAAAUGACCUGCUGGUCCAUGGGCUGGAGGGGAGGAGUGGUAUUAGGAGGCAAGAACUUCACCGUGAUGAAAUUAAACUCCUCCACUAAUUGCUCUUCCAAGUCUGGAGGAUGAGCAGGUGCAUUGUCCAUUACCAGGAGGCACUUGAGUGGCAAUUUAUUUUCCAGGAGGUAUUUCUUCACACUGGGGCCAAAUACUUCAUUAAACCAGUCUAGGAAAAUUCCCCUUGUGACCCAUGCCUUACUGUUAGCCUUCCACAUCACACACAAAUUAAUCUUGGCGACACUGUAUUUCUUGAACACUCUGGGAUUUUCAGAGUGAUACACCAGUAAAGUCUUCACUUUAAAAUCCCCACUAGCAUUACUACAAAACAUGAGAGUAAGCCUGUCUUUCAUAGGCUUGUAUCCUGGGAGUGCCACUUCCUCCUGCGUGAUGUAGGUCCUCUUUGGCAUUUUCUUCCAGAAGAGGCCUGUUUCGUCACAAUUAAACACUUGCUGGGGUUUGAAUUCUCCAGUGUCUACGCACUCCUUAAACUCCUGUACAAACUUCUCAGCUGCUUUUUUGUCAGAACUGGCAGCCUCAACACCAUGCCUUAUCAACUGUGAAUGCCACUUUGCUUCUUAAAUCUCUCAAACCAACCUUUGCUGGCCUUAAAAUAACAAGCAUCACCACUUGUUGCAGGCAUGUUCUUUACGAGAUCGUCAUGCAACUGCCUUGCCUUUUCACAUAUUAUCAACUGUGUAACAUUAUCUCCUGCUAACUGUUUUUCAGUAAUCCACACCAACAAUAACCUCUCCACUUCUUCGAGGAUUUGUGAUCUUCUUUUUGUCAGCAUAUCCACCCCUUUUGCAACAACAGCACACUUUAUUUCCUUUCCUUUCGCCAUGAUCGAAGUGAUGGUUGAAUGGGGCUUGCCAUACAUCCUGGCAAACUCUGUAACACGCACUCCACUCUCGUGUUCCUCACUUUCUUUACCAAAGGGCUUGCACUAGCUUUCCUUGGGCUCAUGGUGACUUAUUUAGCAGUUGUAAUCACAAAAAACAAUGGAUGAACCCGCGGGGUGAUGGUCACGUGUUGGUAAACAAUGGCACACUGAGCGUGAAUGGCGUGGGAGACUGGCUUUGUGUGCGCGGUGACGGGCGGACGGGUACCGGACGGUCACCGAAACACGAGUUUUUUCACGAAACUCGAGGCCAGAUUUUUCCAAAAAACUCGCCGAAGGUCGAAUUUCACGAAAGUUGAGGCUGCCGAAACUCGAGGGUCCACUGUAUUUGCAUUGAAGGUUUGAAGCAGAUCUGGUUUGGUAUUAACAUGUUAUCACAUGGAUACCAGUAUCCCCAUUUAAUUCAAUAAAAAUGGCAAAUUAGGACAUGUACAGCUCUAAACUAUGUUAAACCUUGCACAAAGAAACACCAGCUUUGAAGCCAAACGAAAGACAAAUUCUCUUAGUUAUUUCAGAGGGACCAAUAUCCUAGAAUAAACCAGCAUGUUAAGCUUGAAGACAGUCAGAAUGUGAAUUAUCAAAUUGUUAGCAUUGAAAGGUAAAGGCAGUUAGAUGAGGCACUUGGAAAUUAUUGCAUGAAAAUCAGCAUUCCAGUUUUGUCCAGUUUCUUCUAUUAAAAAAAUGGCAAAUUAGGACUAACAAAGCCCACAAAAAAAUCCAAACUUUUCUCUAAGCAAGAUUUACCAGUAUUUAAGGUUGAAGCAAGUAAGUAUCAAUGUAAGUACAGUGGAACCUCAGUUUUCAUGAUUAAUUCAUUCCAGAAAGUCUGACAAAAACUGAAUUGUACGAAGACUGAAGUAAUAUUUCCCAUAAAAAAUAAUGUGAAUCCAAUUAAUCCAUUCCAGACACCCAAAAGUAUUAACAAAAAAUACAUUUUAUAGAGAAUAAUUGUUGUUUUACAUACAGAAAAUAAUGAGAUUUAAAUAUAAAUGACUAAUGAAAUGGAUAAAUAAACAUUUAACAUCACUUUUACCUUUAUUGAAGACUCUUGUUGGCAUAUGGAAGAGGCAAGGAGGGAAGAGGGAGGAGAUGUUAUUGUUUGGAAGAGGAAUCCCCUCCAUAAGGACUUCAGGUAUCAAUGCCCUAUCCGGGGUACUUCCCUUCUUCGUCUUUUACUGGCACUAGGACCAGCUUGAGAGUCACUGGACCCCUGUCACAAAAAAUCUGCCCAGAGAGGCCUGUUUCUGGUGUCUCUUUAAGAUUUGCCUAAAAUGGGACAAGGCAUUGUCAUUGAACAUGUUGCAGACACUGCUUACAACAGCUUUGCAGCUCGCUCCACUUUGCACACGUCCUUCAUCACUGUAAAAGUGACAUUCUCCCCUUUCUCUUCUUCCUCCUCUGAAGCAAUUUCCUCAGCUGCAAUCUGUUGCUGUUCCAGUUGAGGGUGUUGCAGCUCUUCAGUGGUUAGCUCUUCCCUGUGGUUGUCCACCAACUCUUCCACAUCCUGGCCACUCACAUCCAACCCCAUGGACUUCCCCAAAGAGACAAUAGCUUUCGCAACAGGCGUAGGGUUGUCAGGGUCAGCCUCAAACUCUUCACCACAUUCUGGCCACAAUUUUCUCUAAGCAGAGUUUAUCGUCCUGAAAGUCACUUCCUGCCAAGCCUUAUCUAUAAGGCUUAUGCAGUUGAGGAUACUGAAGUGAUUCCUCCAAUUUCUUAGGGUCAGUUCAGUGUCUGAGGUCACUUCAAGGCACCUUUGAAACAUUGCUUUGGUGUAGAGUUUUUUGAAGUUUGAAAUGACCUGCUGGUCCAUGGGUUGGAUGAGAGGAGUGGUAUUAGGGGGGGGGGGCAAAAACUUCAUUUUGAUGAAACUAAACUCCAACAGUUGGUCUUCUAAGUCUGGAGGAUGAGCACAAACAUUGUCCAUUACCAGGAGGCACUUGAGUGGCAAUUUAUAUUCCAGGAGGUUUUUUUUCACACUCAGGCCAAACACUUCAUUGACCCACUCAAUGAAAAUUUGCCUCAUGACCCAUGCCUUAUUGUUAGCCUUCCACAUCACACACAAUUUACUCUUGAUGACAUUGUUUUUCUUGAGCACUGAGGGAUUUUCAGAGUGAUACACCAGUAAAGGCUUCACUUUGAAGUCCCCACUAUUAUUACCACGGAACAAAAGAGUUGGCCUAUCCUUCAUAGGCCUGUGUCCUGGCAGUGCCUUUUCCUCCUGCAUGAUGUAGGUCCUCUUUGGCAUUUUCUUCCAAAAGAGGCCUGUUUUGUCACAAUUGAACACUUGUUGGGGAGGAAUCCUUCAGCCUCUACAUACUCCUUGAAUUCAUCAGUGAAUUCUUCGGCAGCACAUUUAUCCAAACUUGCAGCUUCGCCAUGUCUUAACACACUGUGUAUGCCAGAUCGCUUCUUGAAUUUGUCAAACCAACCUCUGCUGGCUAUAAAUUCACUAACAGCAGUACUCGUUCCAGGCAUUUUCUUUACAAGAUCCGCAUGCAACUGCUUUGCCUUUUCACAAAUUGUUGACUCCAAAACACUAUCUCCACACCAACAGCAACUUCUCAACACCUUUGGUUGUUUGCGAUCUCUGUUUUGUUAGCACAUUUACCCCUUUAGCAACAUCAGCUUCCUUGAUUUCUUUUUUCUUCACCAGGAUGGAACUGAUCGUUGAUGAGGAUUUCCUGUACAUCCUAGCGAGAUCAGCCACCUGUAUGCCACUUUCAUACUUAGCUAUGACUUCUUUUUUUAGUUCUAUCAUGCUUCUCGCCUUCUUUAUCAAAAGGCACUCGGAACUUUCUUUGGCCCCAUGGUGGCUUAUUUAGCAGUUAGCACUCAAUGAACAAGCACAAAAACAAUGGAUUAUUACAAAGUGUUUCGGCUAAUGCACAGGGUAAUACUCAAUGAUUAACAAAGGCAGACCGAGUCACUCGGCGCUUGAGUGGCUGUGUGACGCGAGCAGGCAGACGGAUGUGUUCGGUACGGACCAUUGUCAACUCUACGAAAACCGAGGUGAUGUACGAGAACUGGGAUAAAAUUUUGACGGAAGAAGUUGUUGAAAACUGAAUCCUACGAAAACUGGGGCAUGUGAAAACCGAGGUUCCACUGUACGUGAUUAAGAUUUAUCGUAUAAACAUUAUGUAGAUUUAACCUAGGAUGACCUGUUAACCUUUGCAGUGACCGUUAUGCAGAUCUGUGUUGUUGAUGCCAGAGCUCCCUCACAUAAAUAUACGUUUUGAUAAGCUGUGAGUGGUAGAUUUUGGCCUAGAUAUGAGAGAAUGGAUUUGUGCAGUGAGUGUGCACAUUAUGAUAAAAAUCCUGCUCCACAUUUUGCAUUUCCCUGAUGGGAAAUGCAAAACUUUGACCUUGUGUUUGGUUUCAAAUAGCAAUUUUAAGGUGUUUUCUAGGAUAGUUUUUAUGGUUUUAUUGGCUGUUUCUUAGUACCAAUUGAUAGAAUGGAAGAUAUACUACCGAAACAGAUAGGUUGGUUUUAGGACCAGAAGUAGCUUUAAGUUGGGCUCAAAGUAGCAGAAAUAUUCGAUUUUUGCCAAUUUUCCUGAGGACAGGUAAGGCCCUUACUCCCUUCCACCCUGGUUUGUUUAUGGGAUUUUAAUAGGUCUGAUUCACUUAUUGGGAUGCUGUAAACCAUGACCUAUCACUCCUGGUUAUGUUUUAUUAUCUGAAAAAUAGAGUAAAUCUUUGAUAUUUUUAUGUGAUUAAUUCAAAAUGGUAGUUAAGAAGCCACUUUAAAGUUUCCUUGGUAAAUGUCAUUAUCUGUGCAUUAGUGUUUACACAACUUGCCAGUACUAUCUUACUAGUUCAACCAAUGUUUACUACACUGAGUGAUGAAGUUCCUUGCUCUGGAAUGUCCCCUCAGCCAGUACUACUCAGUACAGGUACAGUACAUUAUUAUACUAGUUGAGGAGCAUCCUACAGUGUAGAUAUUUUUUUUUUUUUUUAACAUGUUGGCCAUCACCCACCGAGGCAGGGUGACCCAAAAAGAAAGAAAAACUCAAGAGAAAGAAAAAAACUUUCAUCAUCAUUCAACACUUUCACCAUCACUCGUAUAUAAUCAGUCUUUGCAGAGGCGCUCAGGUACAACAGCUUAGACGUCUCUCCAAACUGCCAGUAUCCCAAACCCCUUCUUUAAAGUGCAGUCAUUGUACUUCCCAUUUCCAGGACUCAAGUCCGGCUAACUGGUUCCCUGAAUCCCUUCACAAAAUAUUACCCUGCGUACACUCCAACAGCUUGUCAGGUCCCAAAAACCAUUUGUCUCCAUUCACUCCUAUCUAACAUGCUCAUGCAUGCUUGCUGGAAGUCCAAGCCCCUCGCCCACAAAACCUCCUUUACCCCCUCCCUCCAACCUUUUCAGGGAUGACCCCUACCCUGACUUCCUUUCCCUAUGGAUUUAUAUGUACUUCAAGUCAUUCUACUUUGUUCCAUUCUCUCUAAAUGACUAAACCACCUCAACAACCCCUCUUCAGCCCUCUCAGUAAUACUUUUAGUAACUCCACACCUAAUUUCCACACUACAAAUUCUCUGCAUAAUAUUUACACCACACAUUGCCCUUAGAGAGGACAUCUUCACUUCCUCCUCACUGCAACAUUUACAACCCAUGCUUCAUACCCAUAUAAGAGUGUUGUUACCACUAUACUCUCAUACAUUCCCUCUGCCUCCAUGGAUAACGUUUUUUCUCUCCACAGAUACCUCAACGCACCACUAACCUUUUUUCCUUCGUCAGUUCUAUGAUUAAUCUCAUCCUUCAUCAACCCAUCAGCUGACAAGUCAACUCCCAAAUAUCUGAAAACACUCACUUCUUCCAUACUCCCUCCCCCCAAUGUGAUAUCCAGUUUUUCUUUUUCUAAAUUGUUUGAUGCCCUCAUCACCUUACUCUUAUCUAUGUUCACUUUCAACUUUCUACCUUUAGAUAAAAAUAUUAAUAUUAUUUCUUGCCCAUUUUCAGUGUCUGUUAUUUGUAGGAUCUUUCUAUAUAUUUCUUCAAUUGGUUAGGAAGUGAAUGGCUGAAGUAAGUAGAUGAAAAAUGAUGUGCAGUAAUUUCUUUAAAUUGAGGUCAUUGAGACUCAUUACAGUUUUACAGUUUAUUUUAUACAAUGAGCCAUAUACACAUUUGUUAAUCACUAAGUAUAUAUGAGAUGACUAGAAGUACAAUACUGGUCAAUACUGUGGGAGAGACUAAUGUUUAAAAUAGAAAACAUACUUAUUAUAAAUUUUUUAUUUAGUGAUUAGCUGACAUUGCAACAAAAUUAUUUUAAAAACUAAUAUUAUUUCAGGAAAAUGUGAAAACAGCAAAGCAACUAUUAGAUGGCCAAUGAUGAUUUUUUUUUUUUAAUGGAGCUACUGGAUUAGAAUACUGAAACAUGUCUUUGAAUAUGAAAUUGAACACUUUGUGGGAAGUUUACACUGUAUACAUAUUUAGCAUACUGGCCAUUUCCCAAGGCAGGGUGACUCAAAGUAGACAACAUAUCUAUCAUUGCCCUCAACAUCCACCACCUACUCAGUUUGAGUGAGUUGAUUUUCCUGAGUUCCUUUACAUGGCAACACUGCCUCAAGUCCUAAAGACUGUACUUCACUGACUUCCCCAAAUCCCUUCAUACUACAAUACUAUCUGAAUUGCCACUAGUUUUCUUAAAACAUUCACACUGAAACACCGCCUCAUGUAUUAAACACUACAUUCCUCUCAUUUUCUUAAAACAUUUUCACUGAAACACCACUUCUAGCACUAAACACUACUCUCCACUGGUUUUCUAAUAUUCCUUCACACUACCACACUAAUUCUCUACCUCAGUCUAACAUCUCACCUAACAUGCUUACACAUGCCUACUAAAUUUCAGUUCUCUCCUUCUCAAUACUUUCUUCACAUCCUUCUUCCAAAACUUUCAUAUCCCUUACAACACCUUUCACCCACCCAGGAUUUAUCAUAUUUGUGAGGAAAUGCUAAACCCGGAGGGUUCAUAUAGUAUCUAAGGGAAAUGGGAGAUAAUAAGGGAUGGUGACUAAUUCCUUGGAUCAAGAACCCUUCACAGUUGUCAAAACUCCCUUUUUUUACCCUUGAAGGGUCAUCCCUAAACAGAACAUUUUAUUUUCACUUCCUUCCUUUGUGCAUUCACUUUCAAAUUCCUUCUUUUGAACACCCUUUUAACCCUUUCUUUGACCGUCACAUAGAGCUGCUGUACAUCAAUGAGACCAGGGUCCCUCAUGUAGUUCUUCGUUAUGAGCUCAGCUGUGAACAGUAAAUUUUGGCCUAGAUAUGAGAGUUUGUGUCUGUGCAGUGAGUGUGCACAGUAUAAUAAAAAAAAAAUCCUACCCCACACAGUGCAUGAUAGGAAAAGCAAAACUUUACCCAUGUGUAUGGUUUAAAAAAACAAUUUUGAGGUGUUUUCUCGGAUGUUUUUGGUUUUAUUGACUAUUAUUUGGUAUCAUUUGAUAGAGCAGAAGACAUACUACUGAAAUAGAGAUUAUUUUGGUUGGCUUCAGAGCCAGAAGUAGCUUGAAAUUGAGCUCAUAUUAGAUGAAAUAUUUAUUUUUUUGUUGAAUUUUCUGAGAAUGGGUAAGGCCUCCCUACACCCUUGUCUGUUUUAUGGGUUCUUAAUAGGUGUGAUUCAGUUACUGGGACACUGUAAACUAUGACCAAUCAUUCCUGGUUAUUUUUUAUUUGAGAAAUAGAGUAAAUUUUUCUAUUUUUGUGUGAUAAUAAAUUCAGCAUGGAAGGCAGAUGUAAUAAGGGGAGGCCUGGGGUAUGAUUAAUGAACAGAGGAAAUGUUGCUUUAGUGCUAGGAAUAUUUAUAUAAUUUAUUUUUUACUUUAUUUUUAACCCCUAAACGAUCCAAACGUAUAUAUACGUUCUUACCGCUAGCGCCCCAAACAUAUAUAUACAUUUUAUAUUUCCUGCCUCCAAAUUUGGCACGAUUGGCCUGAGAUGCAUAAUCAGCAUAGAAUAGGUCUUAACACUCUGUGUGUACCAUAUUAGAAAAAUCUGGGACCACUUAGUACCUUGUGGGAGCGCCAGUUAAAUUGAGCACCAGCUCAAGCAAGCAGUGCGGCAAACACCAAGGAUUCACUGAUGUAAUGUCAUAUUAAUACUCCCCUUUUAAGAGGAAAGUGAUGUUAACCCCAAGUUUAGGGCCUGUCUGUCUCUGUCUCUGUUUCUGUCUAUCUGUCUGUCUGUCUAUCUGUCUCUGUCUAUCUGUCUCUAUCUCUCUUGAUCUGUCUCACAGUACACACAAAUACAAUUAUACAUAGUGUAAAUUACCUAGGAUAACCUAAAAAAUCCAAAGUGCUGUACCGUGCUUGUAAAUAUAAUGCAUAAGAAUACCUGUUGGUUCACAGGGGCUCUCUCUCUGGGACAGACAGACAAGCACCCUCCUUGGGACCCAUCAAAUGUCAUCCCAUAUCUCAUCUUAUCACUGCCCUCCCGGAUGCUUGUCACAUUGCUUCAAGGGAACUUCUUCCUUCUUCCUCCUCCUCCUUCCUUCUUCCUUCUUCUUCUUCUAUACUCCUGUGUAUCCAAAACAUUGCUGGGACCUAUAAAUACUUUGUAUAUAUUCCUAGACAAUAGUAAAUGACCAAGGCAGGUGUAAAUGUCCACCUGUCAAUGUGUUUGUGACAAUUUGAGUACAAUUUCAGUACCGAAUAUUAGUGUCAGAACAAAGAUUGGUUAUGAAAUGCCAAGAACUACAAUAAAUUGUAAUUAUCAGAGCAUAAAAAUUAUAUAAAAUAAUAUAAAAAUGAGAAAAAAUGGUAUAUCGACAACACUUCCUUAAGCAGCAGGACUUGAUGUUGCCAUCAGGUGGACAUUAAGCGCCAACUUUGCAGCCUCAUAUCUCAGUAAGUACUGACCCUGAUAUUUUAUUUUAAUCGUAUAAUACUUAAAAAAAAUUUCUCUAUUUCAUUAAAAAAAAAAAAAAGAUUUUUUUAUUUUUCAAAAUAUUCGGGGCACUGGGGGAGAGAAUGCAUAUACAGUGGACCCCCGCUUUGCGAUCACCUCCCGAUGCGACCAAUUAUGUAAGUGUAUUUAUGUAAGUGCGUUUGUACAUGCAUGUUUGGGGGUGUGAAAUGGACUAAUCUAAUUCACAAUAUUCCUUAUGGGAACAAAUUCAGUCAGUACUGGCACCUGAACAUACUUCUGGAAUGAAAAAAUAUCGUAAACCGGGGGUCCACUGUAUACAUUUGGACUGUUUAGGGGUUAAAUUUAUAUUUUUUAACCUUGUGUAAAACUGGCCAGAUUACCAACCUCUGUGUGCUUUAUAGAAUAGGUGUAACUGUUAAAUGGGUGGUUUCUUGUACUUGGUGGCUAAAAAUCACAGAUGCAUAAAUUAAGCCUAGACACUUAACUUUGUGCCUGCGGAAUACCGCAAGUUUUCCACCAAAUUUUAUACUUUUUGCGUCAUUAUAUUCAGAAAAGGAUUCACUACCAUUUCAGAAGGAAUUUAAAAUAAAAAAAAAAGGGUGGGACAAAGACAGCAAUAUUAAUUUUUGGGGUCUGGACAGUGAAAGAGUUAAUGAUAUCCAAAACCUUAAAAUUGUAUGCACAGCUUUCACUGGCUACAUGAAUGGACUUUGAAAUUCUUACCUAGUAAGUAGUCUUUAUAGUAGUAGCAGUAAUGAUAAUUUUUUAAAACAUUUUGCUUAUAUGUAUAUUGAUGUGACAUUAUGUUUAUGUAUAUCUGUGUAUCAGUAUAUUUGCAUGUAUGUAUAUACAGUAUAUGUGCAUUUGUAUGUAUUUAAAAUAGAAAUAAGGGAGAUAAAAGCACAUAAAUUCACACAGUUACAAAAACUAUCUAAUGCACUCGCAUAACAUACAGUAAUAGUAUUAUGUAUUAUUAAUGUGUUACUGGUGUUCUUUUUGCUGUUGCUGUUGUCACUCAUAAUAGUAGUAGUAGUAAACUACUAGUACAACUACUUCUUUGAUUACUACUACGUCGACUACUAGUACGACGACUACUACUACGACGACUACUACUACGACAACUACUAUGACAAUGUCUGCUACUACGAUGACUACUACUAAGAUGACCACUACUACUAUGACUAUACUACUACUAUUACUACAGUAUUAGGCUGACAAGAAUUAAAUACACCAUCAGUGACCAGCAGUAUGCCAUCCACUUACCCCAUGAUGUGCAAACACACUACAUGUAAAUAUUUUCUUCUGUUAUUUUAUGUUUUUUUCAAUAAUUUCCUGGUGAUAUUUUGCAGCCUGAACUGGUUAAAUAAUACAGUAGACUAGCUAAUACUCCUUAGUGUUAAAAGAGAAGUAAUGGCAUUAGGACUGACACAGUAUAGCUCCCUCCAGUCAUUGUCAAUGUUUGCAAAUUGCUGCCGAAACAAACAUAAUUAUCAUUGUUGCAGACAUGUAGGAUAGUGAUAAAUAUUAUAUAUAAUAUGUAGAGUUUAAGUACAGAUACAAUAUAUGCUAAAAAAUAGACAACUGUUUGCUGUGUGAAAUAUAUAACACCUGUUCAGUUUAUAGCUGUGUUUGCAUUACAACAGUAAUUUUUCCAAAUAAUGAUAUGUAUAAAAUUUUUCACAGUGAUAAAUAUUGUUACUUAUAGUCCUCAAAGAAAGAAAAUAGUUGAAGUACUACAUUGUCAUUUACAGAGCUUGUGUCACACUUGACAUUAGUGGCACCACAAUACAAAACUUGAAAAAUCUCUACUUGUCAUUUUUUCUUUAUUUGUAACUCCAUUAUUCAUUGUGCUGUUUGCCUGGUUUUAACAUGUGAAUUGUAUUAUGAGGCUCAAUAAAUAAAUAAUGUUAUUGCUUACAAA